AUGCGAUGUGUGCAGCAUAGUGAACAAGGCGUUGUGUCAGUCGCCCUAAUACAAGCAAAUUCGCAUUGGAGAUCGCUUUAUAAUCGUCCAUCUCCUUUUAACUGUUUGCCUUGUAAUUUCCGAUCUUUUUGUUUUGAGCAUUCAUCGAAAGUUAGUGCAAAAACUUGUGAACAGUCGAAAAAAGAUGAAAUUGAUGCAGUACGAAAGAAAGUGGCUGAAUUAAAUGAAUAUUUUAGUCAGUACAUCGAUGAGUAUUACGAAGAAGUUUUACCAUUAGAACAACCAGGAGUGGCCAAAGUGAAAGGAAAUAUUUUCAUACAUAUCAUAACACCAAAAUUGUACACUAAAUAUGAAUCUUUGUGGAGUGGAUAUGACGAUGAAAUUCCUGAUGAUCCUGAUUUUAUGCUUCCAAAGUCAACUGAUCUGAUUCUUUAUUAA